AUGAAAAACCCACCCAUACAUAAACCUGAAGAUUUUGAUGCUGACAAAUCCUUUCUUUUAUCAUUUUUACCGGAUUUAAAAAAAAUGAACGAAAACCAAAAAUUAGAGCUGAAAAUACAAUUUAUGCAGUCAGUAAAAAAUAUUCUAAAUCCUUCACAGACUCUUUCUUUUGAACAUCAUAAACCAUAUCCACAUCAAUUUAAUUACUAUCAAAACGAUGGUUACUCUCCUAACUCAGCCAAUUAUAGAAAUAAUCAUCAACAAUUUCUUCCAAACUUUCAAACUGAUCUCUCUCAUUCAUAUCAUUAUUCUCAUACAUCACCUCACACAUCGCCUCAACUACAUUCCUAUCCAGGUUCUCCUAACGUUGAUGUGAAUCAUAGUAAUUUAAGUAGUCAAGAUGAAAAUUCUCACCACACUAUAUAA